AUGCGAGGGGAGCCAGCAGCUGAAAAGUGGCAGAUCAAGGGCCAACUAAGCACGCCUGCCAAGCCGCCGCCCCUACAAAUAUCUUCGCCUUUUCCGCCUUUCGCUUCUUCCCCUCAACUUCUUCUCUUCACCAGCAAGACAUCAAGAAGCAUCUUCAUCACGAAGCAUCUCUCUUCAUCAACAAGCAGCUUCAUCUUCAUCUUCUCAUCAAACAACUCUUCUCAAGACUCUCAGUCAGCUCUCUCGAUCUAUCAAAAUGGCCAGAACCAAGCAGACUGCCCGUACGUCAUCCUCACUCCUCACCUCUCCCUCUCGCUCUGUCGCGUUUCUGACUGUGUCCAGGCCGCCCGCAAGGCCGCCCCAACCACCGGCGGUGUCAAGAAGUCCCGUCGCUACAAGCCAGGAACCGUCGCUCUGCGUGAAAUCCGUCGCUACCAAAAGUCCACCGAGCUGCUCAUCCGCAAGCUCCCCUUCCAGCGUCUCGUCCGUGAAAUCUCCCAGGACUUCAAGACCGACCUGCGCUUCCAGUCCUCUGCCAUCGGCGCCCUCCAGGAGUCCGUCGAGGCCUACCUCGUCUCCCUCUUCGAAGACACCAACCUCUGCGCCAUCCACGCCCGCCGUGUCACCAUCCAGCAGAAGGACAUCCACCUCGCCCGCCGUCUGCGUGGUGAGCGUUCUUAG